AAAAUCAUGUAAACAUGGCAGCGCUCAUGAGAAACAUCAACUUUUUCAAUACAAGUGCAAUUUUGAAGACAAGAUAUUCUGGUAGACUAUUGCAUACUCCUAGUCCUACGAAUUUCACCAGGAACAUCGGCACGACGCCUCUAAAUUGGCUACGAUUAAAGCAAGCGAGUACUGGCCAAAAGAUCGGAAUAUUCGGCGUAGGUUUGCUAAGCGGUUUCGUCAUCGCUUCAAAUGUCGGAAAACUAAGCCCACAACAGAAGCCGGAUGUCGGCGAGAGUACGCUACUGCCGGUGCUGCGAGCGGCGCAGGUCUACGACGAGGGAACGACGGGGCACGACGACCAGCCGAAGUCGCGGCGUCUCAACUUCAUCGCCGACGUCGUCGACCAGGCGGUGCCGUCCGUCGUCUACAUCGAGAUCCGCGGCCGGCACCCGUUCACCGGCCACGACGUGACGUUGUCCAACGGCUCCGGCUUCAUCGUGCGCAGCGAUGGCGUAGUGCUCACGAACGCGCACGUUGUCGGCAACAACCGCGAGGUCGUCGUCCGGCUGCACGACGGCCGCGAGGUCACCGGGCGCGUCCAGUACCUCGACCCGACCUCCGACCUCGCGACGGUGCGCGUCGACGCCGGCCACGACCUCCCCGCGAUGCGGCUCGGCCGCUCGGCCGACGUCCGGCCCGGUGAGUGGGUCGUCGCCGUCGGCAGCCCGCUGACGCUCAGCAACACGAUCACGGCGGGCAUCGUGAGCACGGCCGCCAGAGGGAGCUCCGAGCUGGGGCUCGGUGACAAGAACAUGGAGUACAUCCAGACGGACGCAGCGAUCACGUUCGGAAACUCCGGCGGCCCGCUCGUGAACCUCGACGGCGAGGCGAUCGGCAUCAACACGAUGAAAGUCGCCGUGGGAAUAUCGUUCGCGAUCCCGAUCGACCACGCGAAACAAUUCCUCGAAGAAGUCUCCCGGCUCGAGGAGCGCGACCGGAAAACCGGAUGGUUCGGGAAGAAGAAACACCCCUCCGGAGAGCGCUCCCCGGCCGAGCAUCCUCUGGCGUCGCCACGGCGACGGUACAUGGGCAUCACGAUGCUGACCCUGACGCCGAACAUCGUCGGGGAGCUGCGUCUGCGCGACACGCGCUUCCCGGACGUGGAGGCAGGCGUGCUCGUGCACCGCAUUGUUGUCGGCUCGCCCGCGCACCGCGGCGGCCUCGAGGUCGGCGACGUCGUCGUGGCGAUCGACGGCCACGAGACUCGCCGCGCCAGUGACAUCUACGACGUGCUGCAGACCGGCAGGAAGGACCUCGUCAUGACCGUCGUCCGGGGCAGCCGCUCGCUGCGCAUCACCGUCACGCCGGAGGACGUCGAGUUUUGAGGGCUUUGAGGGCACCGGUCAACUCAACUGACCGACAAACUUGCCCCGUGUGGUUGCAAUGCUAACCACAAUGCUGGCCGAGUUGGUGCGUGGGUCGAGUUGACUGUAGAGCGAGUUUUGAACGCGUGCACGGGAGAUUCGCCGCGGGUCGGUCGUAGCGCGAUCUUUCGGUGUACGAACUAACUCUUAACUGCCUUAUCAUAAGCGUAGGCAUGCCCGGAUAUUCGCAGGAGGUUCACACUUUGUGUGGGCGUACGCCUAGUUGCAUGUGUGUAUCACAUAAUAUCAGGGGUUUUAAUAAUGACACAUUUGUCAUUAUUAACCCCUAAUAAUAUCAGGAGUGUCAUGAUGUA